AUGAUGGGAAUAGCCAAUGUAAGUUCUCCAGAAGUCUUUGUACUGCUGGGCUUCUCUGCAUGGCCCUCACUAGAGCCCAUCCUCUUCCUCCUUGUCUUGGGGUUUUAUGUGCUAUCUGUCUUGGGCAAUGGCAUCAUCAUUGUGGUCUCUUGUGUGGACGUGCACCUCCACACACCCAUGUACUUCUUUCUUGCCAACCUCUCCUUCCUGGACAUUAGCUUCACCACGAGCAUUGUCCCGCAAUUCCUGGUCAACCUCUGGGGGCCACAGAAAACCAUAAGCUAUGGAGGGUGUGUGGUCCAGUUCUACAUCUCCCAUUGGCUGGGAGCCACCGAGUGUGUCCUCCUGGCUGUCAUGUCCUAUGACCGCUAUGCUGCUGUCUGCAGGCCACUCCACUAUACUGUCAUUAUGCAUCCGCAGCUCUGCCUCGGCCUGGCCUUUGUCUCAUGGCUGGCAGGUCUGACCACCAGCGUGGUGGGCUCCACGCUCACCAUGCUCCUACCACUGUGUGGGAACAAUCACAUCGACCACUUCUUUUGUGAGAUGCCCCUCAUAAUGCAACUGGCUUGUGUGGACACCAGCCUCAAUGAGGUGGAGAUGUACCUGGCCAGUUUUAUCUUUGUUGUCUUGCCUCUGGGGCUCAUCCUAGCCUCAUAUGGCCACAUUGCCUGGGCUGUGUUGAAGAUCAAGUCAGCAGAAGGGCAGAGAAAGGCAUUCAACACCUGCUCUUCCCACGUGGCAGUCGUGUCCCUGCUUUAUGGGAGCAUAAUCUUCAUGUAUCUCCAGCCCACCAAGAGCAACUCUCACGAGCAGGGCAAGUUCAUAGCUCUCUUCUACACCGUAGUCACCCCCAUGCUGAAUCCACUUAUCUACACCCUGAGGAACAAGGAUGUGAAGAGCGCCCUCAGACACAUUGUAUUAGAGAACUGCUGUGGCUUUGCAGGGAAAUGGGGACAAAUUUAG